UCGUUCCCCCUCCUUCCCUCUACUACUAUUAAUUUAUUGAUUCGAUUUCAUCUUUUUACCUCCUAAAUAGGAGGAGUAACGGAAUCCAACAUGGAGAAAGACAAAAUUGAGACCAAGACCGAGCCCAGCGUGCCGUCCUUCGAGUCACCGCCACCUAUGUAUGGCGAAACAGAGACAACACGGGGAAGCCUGGGUCAAAGAAUAUGGGACAGUUUCAAGAGAGAUCCAAACGCCCACGUCACGGCUAAUCCAUCCUCCGGUGCGGACGGAAAGUCCUUCGAUGUUGAAACCGCCGCGCACGCAACAGCGGAGUCGCCAUUGCAGCGUAGCCUGAAGGGCCGUCAUCUCCAGAUGAUCGCCAUCGGAGGUUCUAUCGGUACCGGUCUUUUCGUUGGUUCCGGAAAGGUUCUGGCCACUGGAGGUCCAGCAUCGGUUCUCAUUGCUUAUGCUUUGAUCGGUUGCAUGCUUUACUGCACCGUACACGCGCUUGGUGAAAUGGCGGUUCUGUUCCCUGUGGCAGGUUCGUUUUCCCACUACUCGACUCGAUUCAUUGAUCCCGCAUGGGGUUUCGCCAUGGGUUGGAACUAUGCCUUGCAAUGGCUCGUAGUGCUGCCGUUGGAAAUUGUGGCUGCCUCCAUCACUGUCGACUACUGGGGUUCCAGUAUCUCGAACGCCGCGUGGGUAGCUAUCUUCUGGGUCUUAAUCGUCUCAAUCAACAUGUUCGGCGUCAGGGGCUACGGUGAGGCCGAGUUUGUCUUCUCGCUCAUCAAGGUAAUUGCCGUAAUUGGCUUUAUAAUCCUUGGUAUCAUCCUGAACUGUGGCGGAGGCCCCGAGGGCGGCUAUAUCGGUGGAAAGUACUGGCACAGUCCCGGUGCCUUCCAUAAUGGGUUCAAAGGCCUUUGCAGUGUCUUCGUCAACGCCGCGUUUGCCUUCGCUGGUACUGAGCUCGUUGGUUUGGCUGCAGCUGAAACUGCUAAUCCUCGGAAAUCUCUCCCGACCGCGGUCAAGCAGGUGUUCUGGCGUAUCUGUCUUUUCUACAUUGUGUCGCUCACACUCGUUGGCCUCCUUGUCCCCUACGACGAUCCCCGACUCAUCAGCGGACAAUCUAGCUCUGACAUUAGAGCGUCCCCAUUCGUCAUCGCCAUCAAGAAUGCUGGUAUUGCUGUCCUGGAUUCUAUCAUGAACGUCGUCAUCAUGAUUGCAGUGUUGUCUGUAGGCAACUCUUCGGUUUACGGCUCUUCUCGUACCCUUGCAGCCCUGGCCGAGCAAAAACAGGCUCCCCAGUUCCUGGCAUACAUUGAUCGGAAGGGUCGACCGCUUUGGGCAAUCAUGGUUGCGUCGACUCUCGGUCUGCUCAGUUUUCUGGCUGCAUCGGACAAACAAACAGUUGCGUUUGAGUGGAUGAUGGCCAUUUCAGGUCUCUCGUCAAUCUUCACUUGGGGCUCGGUUUGUUUGGCACAUAUUCGCUUCCGCAGUGGCUGGAAAGCUCAGGGCCACAGUCUGGAUGAGCUCGCUUUCCGUUCACAACCCGGAAUCAUUGGCUCCUGGAUCGGAUUCAUUUUCAACUUUCUCGUCCUUGUCGCACAGUUCUGGGUUGGUUUCGCGCCAAUUGGAUACGGCGAGAUGACUGCCGGCGAGCUCGUUGAGUCCUGGUUUUCUGUGUAUCUCGCUGGCCCGGUCGUCCUGCUGUUCUAUAUCCCCUACAAGCUUUGGUUCAAAACACCCAUUAUCCGAGCCAAGGAUAUGGACUUGCACACCGGCCGUCGCGAUCUUGACCUGCAGUAUUUGAUCGAGCAGGAAAGGGCAGCGCAAGCCGAAUGGCCAGCAUGGAAGAAGGUGUAUAAGUUGUUCUGUUAGCAUCGGAAGUUUCGUAAUUUAUUGUUUGUUUUGCAGGACUGAAAUUCACUGGGCUGAUUCUCUGCUGUACAAUUAUGAUUAAUGUGCCUAUAUUCCGAUUCCAAUAACCAAUCUCAUGAUACCAAUUUCAAGCCUAAAAUCAAUUACUUCUGUAUUCCUCGGUAAAACAUUAGUGACCGUCGAGCCGUUUAUCCAUAUCAUGUCGCUGCGUUAAGCUUUUGAAUUAUUGACAUUGACUUGCGUCUUCCUCCAGUCUUGGCAUGUUUGG